AAAGUCGUAAUGCCGGAUCCUGCAAUGGUGUUAUAAAAAUGUGUUAAAGAUAAUAUUUACAGAUUUUAUAAAUGUGGACCAUUUUGUCCAUCAGUUUUAAACGUGAUCACAUUCUUUUAAUGUCUUCUGGCUCACUCGUAGUUCAUUACGUAUGCCAGAACGACUUAACCUCAGUAAAAACAUGUUUUCUCCCCGGGAUUUAGGUAAAACAGAUUAUAUUAGUUUAAAUAUUUACGAUAGUGCGGCUUUCACACGGGGGACUUCGCGUAGCCUUUGGAGGCAAUGGAAACAGUUAUCAAGGUUUCAAAGAAGUAUUUUCUACUUUGCUAUUGUAACAAUUUUACUUGUGAUAUUUUAUCUUUUGCCCGGUGAAACCAAAAAUGCUAUUUUACAAAAUAACAAUGAGUAUAAUAAUGUUGAUAUAGUUCAAGAGACAGUAAAAUAUGAAAAGGUGCCAGAGGAUAUUGUUGUAGAUAAUGUUAACCAACCUGCUGGUGGUGGUCAUGGUGGUGAUGUCAUUGAAGAACCAGAAUUUCAACCAGAGAUCAAUCAAGUAGAUGAUGAUCAAAUUGGGGAACCACCUCAACCAAAACCAAUCGCACUUAAAUUUGAAGGACCACAAAAUAGUAGACAAAAAGCAGUAGUUGCAGCAUUUAAACAUUCAUGGGAUGGGUAUAAACAAUAUGCUUGGGGUCAUGACAAUGUUAAGCCGAUAUCAAAAAAAUAUCAUGAAUGGUUUGGUUUAGGACUUACUAUUGUAGACUCUUUAGAUACUUUAUACAUGAUGGGUUUGAAUGAUGAUUUUGCAGAAGCCAAAUCAUGGAUUGAAAAUAGUUUGGUCUUCACCAUGAAUCGUGAUGUUAACCUGUUUGAAGUAACAAUAAGAGUAUUAGGAGGAUUAUUAGCUGCAUAUCAUCUUAGUGGAGAAAAAAUAUUUUUAAAUAAAGCGAUCGAUUUGGGAGAUCGUAUGAUGCCAGCAUUUUCUACCAGAUCUGGUGUUCCAUAUUCUGAUGUCAAUUUAGGGACUAGAGCAGCACAUAGUCCUAAAUGGGGGCCUGAUAGUAGUACUAGUGAAGUAACUUCCAUUCAAUUAGAAUUUCGUGAUUUAAGUCGUAGUUCAGGACAACCUAAAUUUGAGGCAGCUGCUGCAAGAGUCUCAGAACAUGUACAUCAAUUAGAGAAACACGAUGGUCUAGUUCCAAUUUUUAUCAAUGCAAACAAUGGACAAUUUAGAGAAUAUGCGACAAUUACUUUAGGAGCUAGAGGUGACAGCUAUUACGAAUAUUUAUUGAAACAAUGGAUACAAACUGGGAAGACCAUAGACUAUUUACGAGAUGACUAUUUAUUGGGCAUUUCUGGAACUAAGAAACAUCUAGUCAAAUAUACAGCUAUUAAUAAGUAUCUUUUUAUAGCAGAAUUAGUUGGUGCGCAUAAAGAUACAAGACCAAAGAUGGACCAUCUUACAUGUUACUUAGGAGGUACAUUAGCCUUAGGAGUCCAUCAUGGCUUACCACAAGAACAUAUGGCUUUUGCAAAUGAUAUUGUCAAAACUUGUUAUCAAACAUAUGCGAUACAACCAACUUUUCUUGCUCCUGAAAUAACUUACUUUAACAUUCAGAAGUUAGAAGGAGAUAAUCAAAUGGAUAUGUAUGUGAAAACAAAUGAUGCACAUAAUCUCCUACGACCUGAGUUUAUAGAAAGUCUUUUUUAUAUGUGGUAUUUCACAGGAAAUAAAACUUUCCAGGAUUGGGGCUGGCAAAUAUUUCAAGCAUUUGAAAAUUAUACUAAAGUGGAAAAUGGAUACACAAGUAUUGGGAAUGUUCGAAGUAUUCAUAACAUACGACCACAAGAUAUGACCGAAAGUUUUUGGUUCGCCGAAACAUUGAAAUAUUUAUAUUUGUUAUUCGAUGAUACCAGACAAUUAAUAGAUUUAGAUAAAUGGGUAUUCAAUUCCGAGGGUCACCCAUUGCCUAUAUAUGAAUCAUAAUAUGAUGUAAAGAAAAAUUUAUAUUCGACAAAUUCGACGCUGUGUAUUUAAUUAGUUGAAUUCAUUUGCACCGAUCUAUUAAUCAUUAUUAUUGAAAAAUUGCACCUAAAAUCCAAUCAUGUGUAUUGGAUGCGAAAGAUUUUCCAAUAUUUUUGAUUGUCUAAAAAAUUUGUACAGAAGUAUACCCAAUUAAUCAUAAUAGCGUGUAUGUAAAGCAAACAUUUUUAAAUUUAUUGUCAUAAGUAUUUCAUACGUUGUGAUUUAUAAGAAAUCAUAUCAUUGUUCAUACACAAUUACGUCUUUGACUUAAGUAGUGCCUAUCUAUGAUCAUCGGACGAUGAAAUGAACAACUUUGUAAAUACUUUACUCUUUAUAUUAUAGAUCAAUGUGAAUCAUAGCGGUAAAAAGCAAAUUUUUUCAUUGAAAUUUUUAAUACAUCGAUUAUCAAGCAAUUGUAAUCAAAGCUACUUAUACACAGAAGUACUAUUCAUCUAUAAUGAGCACAUGCUUAUACUAUUUAACUUGGAAGAGAAAAAAGUACAUAUUCAUAUCUUAGAUUGUACAUUAAAAGAACAGUUUAUUAAAAAAAAUACCAAGAUAA